AUGAUGUGGUCGAAAGAUGUGAAGUAUGUGUCGCGGUUUUGCUUGCCUACUAUCAGCUCCACACAGCGAGUCCGGCGAAAGCCACUCGAUGCCCUUUAUUGGACCUACCAAUCCAGAAACGUGUCAAGGAUUCCCUCUCUACGAGAAGGACCUCGCUCCGCCAUCGGUCGACUUUUGGACGACUAUGAUCGCUUACUGACAAGUCGCCCUGGACCCCCCCGAGUUUGGACAUACUCUCCAUCCUUCGACGUCCGCGAAACAGAGGAUGCCUACCACCUGGAGGGUGAACUUCCUGGUGUUCAGUCCAGUGAUAUCGAUAUAGAAUUUGAAGAUUCAAAUCGUGUCAAUAUCAAAGGUCAUAGCGCGCGCGAGUCUCAUUCCAAUGAAGGCUCAUGGAGGGUAUCCGAGCGGUCCGUUGGAGAAUUUAAACGAACCUUCAAUUUCCCAUCCCCCAUCGAUCAGAAGAAUACCCACACCCAGUUAAAGGAUGGUAUUCUUUCUGUAACCGUACCCAAAUCCGGUUCGGCCCCAAAUACCAAGAAGGUCGAUACCGAUGCUUGA